AUGACGCGAAAUCUCGUGACUGCGCUGCUUAUUAAGGAGGAGGAGGAGGAGGAGGAGGAGGAGGAGGAGGAGGAGGAGGAGGAGGAGGAGGAGGGGUGCCCACAUAUUAUGCCCACCGUUAUUGGAAGAUUGACUAAGCAAGUACUCUAUGGCGCUUUGUUCCUCUACUUUGGAAAUAAGCCUAACAGCCUAACAGUCCAGCAGCCUACCAAAGCAUACGUAUCCGACACCGCCCGACCAGGCAACGCUGUCUCAUCGCCCAAGGGGCCAACCCUAUAUGCCAAUCUGAACAUAUCGGGCAGGCAGUUCAGGCUUUUGACGAUCCUGUCCACCAAGCCAGAAAUCUCUUGCCGACUGGAGGUCGCUGAAUUUGGGGACGAAUUGUCAUUCAACGCACUAUCCUACGUCUGGGGAGAUCCCACUGUCACCGAGACCAUUCUGGUCAACGAACAUAGAAUCCAGGUGACGAAAAACCUGAUAUCGGCUUUGAGAUAUGCUCCCUAUCAUCUGAGUAGAUCAAAAAACGCAACUAGCUUGAAACUAUGGGUCGAUGCCAUUUGCAUCAACCAAAUGGACAGAACCGAGAAAGGUCACCAAGUUUCCAUGAUGAAGGAUAUCUACUCGCAAAGCAGUAUUGUUUUGUGCUGGCUUGGAUCACCAACUGAUCGAAUACACACUGCGAUGGAUGCCGUUCAGGCUGUGGCGCAUCAGCGACAUAUCCGUUGCGCGGAUGUUAUGUACCACGAAAAUCAACAUGAACUUCUUGACAGUUUCGAACAAUUGCAGAGCCAUUUGAAAAGUCUUCACUUUCCGUGGCUUCUUGAAGUUAAAGAAGUUGUAGGGGAAUCUCCUACAGGCCCGGCGCAGCCACUUUUUGACGUAGCGUAC